AUGGCCCGAAUAUCAGAUCCUCUCGUAGUUGGGAGAGUGAUUGGAGAUGUUAUUGAUAAUUUCUCUCCAACUGUUAAGAUGUCUGUAAUUUACAACUCCAACAAGCAAGUCUAUAAUGGCCAUGAGUUUCUUCCUUCCAUGGUGACCUCUAAACCUAGGGUUGAUGUUCUUGGGGGUGAUAUGCGAUCCUUCUUUACACUGAUCAUGACAGACCCAGAUGUUCCAGGCCCUAGCGAUCCAUUCCUAAAAGAGCACUUACACUGGAUGGCCACAGACAUCCCAGGCACAACAGAUUCCUCGUUUGGAAAAGAGGUGGUGAGCUAUGAGAAACCAAGGCCAAACAUAGGGAUUCACAGGUUGGUGUUUCUGCUGUUCAAGCAACAAAGAAGACAGGCAGUGAACACUCCACCACCUGCAUUGAGGGAUGGGUUUAGCACUCGGAAAUUUGCGGAAGAGAACGAGCUAGGCCUUCCUGUGGCUGCUGUAUUUUUCAAUUGCCAAAGGGAAACGGCUGCGAGAAGGCGUUGA